CUUGGCGUUGAGCUUUUUUCGUAAGGUACGCGCAGCGAAUAGAGCCUCGUAUGAAGUUGUUCCAUCCCUCGCUCAUCAUCUGUUCACGACGCUUGUGCAUCAGACUGAGAAAGCCUUGUGCCGUCGGACUACCUGCAGGAACAAGCAGGCGAGCGGCCGACAUCAAUAAUGUAAUCACUGCAACUCACACGUCUUGCCAGACUGGAUGGCGCAUCCCGCUGUCAACGACACAGCAACGAAUCUCGCGGAUGAGGUGUUUCACACCCUCAUAGACCGUAAGCCAGAAAGAACUGCCACCCAUCGAUCAGGCAGGAUCGGACGGACUCUGCGGCAUCUCUUGACGACCACAGACCACGAGACGUACAAGCAUUACCGUGGGCUGUAUCUUGGCCUCAAGCAGAAACGCGAACGCGGCGAGCGGAGAUUCAAGACCAGCGACAAGGACGACAUGCUCUGGGUUUCGGAUGCUGCGCUGUCGCUCGUCCGGAGGCUCGCAGGGGUUAAGGCACCGACCCGCAAGACGGCGAGCAAGGCAAAAUCUGGGAAGGACUGUCUCCAGGCUCAAGUGGCGCACAUGAAGAAGGAACCCGACAAGUAUACCGCCGAGACCAAAGCGAGAACUCGGAGAUACUGGAACAUCCUCCAGAGGCAGGGGGAGAUGGCAUUGGCACGACACUUGAAGCGAUGUUUUAUUAAACUUGGCCUGCACAAAUCCCUAAAAGUGCGAGAAUACUGGAUGCAGUGCAAUCAGCCAUUUGUCGCAUUAGGUACGUUCUUACGAGGAUAGUUUUGCAUAGAGGAGGUAUAAUAGUUACGGCGUAUGAUCACACAGUACAACCCGAAGGAGCACGCUAUAGGAGCACUUUCAAGCGCCUCCUCUACCUCGUCUCUCGACGUGGUGUGCUCAUUGGCUUGUCGCUCUUCUUUGUCUGGUAAGAUGACCAGGAGUCUUGUCAUCGCUCGUCCACCAACUCCU